AUGCGGAACACGGUAAUCUUCGCCGGGACAUCCUGCCCAGCCCUUGCAGGUCAGAUAUGUGAGAAUCUCGGGAUGGCACCGGGAGAUGCGGAGCUCUCCCAAUUCUCCAAUGGCGAAACCAGCGUCAGAAUCUUGACAAGUGUCCGGGAAAAGGAUGUGUUUGUGGUGCAGUCUGGGAGUCCCAGAAUCAAUGAUACGAUAAUGGAGCUUUUGAUCAUGAUAUCUGCCUGCAAGGGCGGAUCCGCAACCAAGGUGACUGCUGUUGUUCCCUACUUUCCGUACAACCGCCAAUCCAAGAAGAAGUCGCAUCGUGGGACAAUUACUGCUCGACUUCUGGCGAACCUAAUGGGGGUUGCCGGGGUCAAGCAUGUCAUUACCGUGGACCUCCAUGCGUCUCAAAUGCAAGGUUUCUUCAAAUGUCCUGUUGAUAACCUCCAUGCCGAGCCCCUCGUUGCCAGAUGGAUUCGCCACAACGUCCCUAACUGGAGAGAAGGUGUUGUUGUAUCCAAAAAUGCUGGGGGAACCAAGCGUGUGACUUCGCUGGCGGAUGCCCUCAAACUGAACUUUGGCAUUGUGACAACUGAUAAAAAGCGGGGUCCAAACUUGACGACUAGCAUGAUAAUGAAUCAUCUAGAUGGAAUUGAACGGCUGUCUAUCCUCGAGUCCUGGAGCCGGACGGGACCGCUGAAAGCUGGAGAUAACGAUCCUUCUUCGGCUCCACAUCGGGUCCCUACCAGACCUUUGAGAACUCUAGCCGAUUCCAAUGGCUCCCCAGUUAACUCCAGUCGUGAGCCAUUGCUUCAGUCUGAGGCGAGUCGGUCAUCCUCCUCACCGCACUCCUCGUUAUCCAAUGAUCCAUCUUCCCAGGUGGAUGGUACUUCUGAAGACGCCGACCUUGGCUGUGAUGAUCGCGCAGCUGGUGAAGUUACUCACGGGCGACUUGUCCAAGGCCAUAUCGUGGACGAUGACUUCCCGUCACCUGCUAUAUCUGCAUUGGAUGCGAGUCAACCCGAUUUGGAUCCUAUGACUAUGUCACAUGCCUCCUCCUUUUUCGCAGCGGAACCACAUCCUUUCGGGCCGCCAGGCGGCGAAGACCCCGUUUCCUCAGACGAGGAGGAAGAAACUUUGAAGGAUCCCAAGAUAGAACAUAUGAUUACCCUUGUCGGCGACGUGAGGAACCGACCGGUAUUUAUUGUCGACGACAUGAUUGACAAACCUGGCUCCUGGAUCGCGGCCGCCGAGACUGUUGUCAAGCGGGGGGGUGCCCAGAAAGUAUAUUGCAUGGCAACGCAUGGCGUCUUUGGAGGCGAUAGCCUUGCGCAACUCCAAGCUUGCGAAUGCAUCGACACCAUCGUGGUGACCAACAGCUUUCCGAUUAACGAAGAGCAGGCCCGAAGCACUAGCAAACUGGUUAUCCUUGACUUAUCCUCCUUAUUGGCAGAGGCCAUAAGAAGAAACCACUAUGGCGAAUCCAUCUCGCCACUAUUCCAGCACUACGCGGAUUGA